UACAGAGCUAAUCGGACGCAUGGUUCUCUGUGAACCGGGCGCGCCGGCCCCAUAGGCCAACCAGCCCAAAUUAUGGCCUCUCCGAGACGUCGCGGUCGAGUACAUAUGACAUGACGUGUCCGUAAAUCUUCCUGGAAGCUUCGACGAGCGGCAUUUCGUGAGGAAGUCAGCGUCGGCGCGCACUAAAUUCAGUAUGGCAUCCCCUGCAGUGAUUCGUCCAGUAACGAGCUUAGCCUUGCUAGCAAUGCUGAUGGCUUCAACCCAAGCUGCCUGGAAUCUUUCUCGCACGUACCACACCUUCGACGCGCUGAUCGACCAUUUCACGUACAGCAGAAACGCCACGUUUCCCUUACGAUACGCUAUGGCGGAUCAAUACUGGAAUCGAAAGGGUGGACCCAUAUUCAUUUAUACCACCAACGAAGGCUCCAUUGAAGACCACAUUUCGAGCACCGGACUCAUGUGGGAGUGGGCUCGAGACUUCAAAGCGCUGUUAGUGUUCCCAGAGCAUCGUUAUUACGGCAGAUCUUUGCCUUUCGGAAAAGACUCAUUCAAGGCUGCCGAGAUGACUGCAUAUCUGACCACGGAACAGGCUCUCGCUGAUUAUCUCGACCUGGUCGUCUGGCUAAAGAACAAUAUCAAAGGUGCGCAAAACAGCAGGGUGGCCGCUUUUGGCGGUCAUCACGCAGCCAUGCUGGCCACCUGGUUCCGGGCAAAGUACCCGCACACUGUGAGGGCCGCCCUGGCGAGCAGUGCUCCCUUCAAAAUGUUCUCUCAAGCCACCAGAUGCAACACUUACUACAAGGCUGUGACGGCCGUCUACAAGAAGACGUCGAAGCAUUGCCCCAAUGAGGUCAAAAGGCUAUGGCCCAUCCUUCAUGGUUUGGGAUCUACAGAGGAAGGAUGCCACAAACUAGGGCAGAAAUUUAAUCUUUGUCAGCGCUUGAGCUCCAGCCACUUUCCCGCUUUCCGGAACUGGAUUCGUGACACCCUCAUCGGUGUCGCACUGGUUAACUACCCCUAUCCGUCAUGGCGGGUGCCGCCUCACCCAGUGAAGGUGGUAUGCAAUCGCUUAAGAAAAUCCGAAAGAAACGAUAGCCGUUUGAUCGACGCGGCAGUCGAGGCAGUCGGCUUCUUUCGGAACGCCACAGGUAAAACUGCCUGCUACACUGUGCCGGCUACUCCAGAGAGCUCUGCAUGGCUUUUUCAGCAAUGCACCGAAUUCGCUCUUCCCUUGUGCGGGGACGGCGUAGCGGACAUGUUCUACCCGACCGAGUGGGACUACGUCAAAUUCUAUCAGAAGUGUCGUCUGCUGUUCGGCGUCGAAUCAAGCGUCGACAGACUCGUCCGGGCACUGGGAGGUGCCAACCUGUGUGGAACGUCGAGAGUGUUCUUCACCAACGGAGAUUUGGACCCGUGGUCAGCUUACGGAGUAAAGGCGUCCCCCACUAGGGUCAGCGAAUACCGCGUCAUCCGUGGCGGUGCCCACUGCAUCGACCUGCGGUUCGCCAACCACCACUGGGACCCGCACUCACUCCGGCUGACCAGGAGGGUCGCCAAGAGAGCGUUCCGGCGAUGGCUGGCGCCCUGAGCGCGCACCGGCUUCCCAUGGCACUGACAAUUUCGUGGUGCCCGGGAGAAAGCCCCCUGUGUCCAUAAUAAAGUGAGGCGUAUCGAGAA